CACUAUUGCUCUUGCGUUUAGGACUGCGGACGCUGGGCACUCGAGAAGUUCGGGACUGGGAGGCUGCCUAGCAGAAGCUGUGCCGGCUCAGAUUUGUAAGCAAGCUUGCUGCUGAGAGAAGCCACCUGGAAGCAAGUGUUCUACAUCCRCCAUGUUGCCCUGUGGACCAGCUCUGUCAUUUGUCCGGUGCCUGGUGCGGAAGAAGAACGUCGGUGGUGAAAAUCCUGAAGACUCCAAGUUGUGCCGAUGCUUGUCUACUCUGGACCUUAUAGCACUGGGAGUAGGAAGUACUCUUGGUGCUGGUGUUUAUGUCCUUGCUGGAGAAGUAGCCAAAUCGGAUUCCGGACCUAGCAUCGUUUUGUCUUUCCUCAUUGCUGCCCUGGCAUCCGUGAUGGCAGGGCUUUGCUAUGCCGAGUUUGGUGCCCGUGUCCCCAAGACUGGUUCUGCGUAUUUGUAUACUUACGUAACUGUUGGUGAACUAUGGGCCUUUAUCACUGGUUGGAAUCUCAUUUUGUCAUAUGUUAUAGGUACAUCAAGUGUAGCAAGAGCCUGGAGUGGUACCUUUGAUGAACUACUUGGAAAACAGAUUGGCCAUUUCUUCAGAACCUACUUCAAAAUGAAUUACUCCGGCCUAGCGGAGUAUCCUGAUUUCUUUGCUGUCUUCCUUGUAUUGCUUUUGUCAGGUCUUUUAUCUUUUGGAGUAAAAGAAUCUGCAUGGGUGAAUAAAAUUUUCACUGUCAUCAACAUCUUGGUUCUCCUGUUCGUUAUGAUUUCUGGUUUUGUGAAAGGAGAUGCUGACAACUGGAAAAUAAGUGAAGAAUAUCUCAUUAACCUUACUGUAAUAACAGAGAAUCAUUCAUUCUAUCAGAAUGUGACAAGUAAAUACGGGAGUGGUGGUUUUAUGCCAUAUGGCUUUACAGGAACAUUGGCUGGUGCUGCGACCUGUUUUUAUGCUUUUGUAGGAUUUGACUGCAUUGCAACAACUGGAGAAGAGGUCAAGAAUCCUCAGAAAGCCAUCCCCAUAGGGAUUGUGGCAUCCUUGCUUGUCUGCUUCAUGGCCUAUUUUGGGGUUUCGGCUGCUCUCACUCUUAUGAUGCCAUACUAUUUACUAGAUGAGAAAAGUCCUCUGCCAGUAGCAUUUGAAUAUGUUGGAUGGGGUCCUGCAAAAUAUGUUGUAGCAGUGGGAUCCCUCUGCGCUUUGUCCACAAGUCUUCUUGGAUCCAUUUUCCCAAUGCCACGUGUAAUCUAUGCUAUGGCGAAGGAUGGCUUGCUUUUCAAAUGUCUAGCUCAAAUCAAUUCCAAAACGAAGACCCCACUAGUUGCUACUCUAUCGUCUGGUGCAGUAGCAGCUGUAAUGGCAUUUCUUUUUGACCUAAAGGCUUUAGUGGACAUGAUGUCUAUUGGUACACUUCUUGCUUACUCACUUGUGGCAGCCUGUGUCCUCAUUCUUAGAUACCAACCCAGUUUAACCUAUGAGCAACCAAAAUAUUCUACAGAAAAAGCAGCUUUGGCUGCAUCAGAAGGGGAAUCUAUAGUAAGUGAAUCACAGAUAACUAUGAUACGAGAGAAUCACUUUGGUCUUCAGACCCUGAUUAAGCCAUCCAGCUUUCCUACAGAGCAGACUGCAACUACUGUUAACUUACUAGUGGGUCUAUUAGCUUUCUUGGUCUGUGGCUUGAGUGUUCUCACCACGUAUGGGACUCAUUUCAUUGCUAACUUGGAGCCCUGGAGCAUUGGCCUUCUUGCUACAUUGGUGGCACUCUUCAUAUUUACCCUUCUCCUCAUCCAAAGGCAACCUCAGAACCAGCAGAAAGUGGCCUUUAUGGUUCCACUGUUGCCAUUUUUGCCAGCCUUCAGUAUUCUGGUGAACAUUUACUUGAUGGUACAAUUAAGUGGUGACACUUGGAUCAGAUUUAGCUUCUGGAUGGCAUUUGGCUUCCUCAUUUAUUUUGCUUAUGGCAUCAGACACAGUCUUGAAGGUCAUCCUAGAGAAGGAGAUGAAGAUUCUGCUUCAGAAAAUAGCGGGAUGCAAGAAAAGAACCCUGUGGCAGAAGAGGAUGAACAGGAAAAUGCAAAUGAAAAUGAUCAGUUUCUUGCACAUGAGAGGACAAGUGAAUGUUAGUCUAUGCAAACAUACAAGUAUUUUAAACAAUAAACUGAUAAUAUACUUGCUGACUGAACUUUCAAAAGCUUCACCAGCCAACAUUGUGUCUCUUGAAAGUGUUUACCACAAAGCCAGGCUGAUAUUUUGGACAAGCUGCUGACCUGUUUUCRUCAUUUCAGCACUGGUAGCGUGAAGAGUAAUGCUGAAAUUACAAAAGCAAACAAGAAAAGUACCCUUUGGCAUGUAAAAAUUUGGAUGCAUUGUUUGAACCAUCGUAYGGAAUCACUGGCAGCCACAAAAUGUGAAGAACUAUAGAACUGCCUGCCACAACUUCUCAAUAUUCUACCCUGCCUUAUGAACCCAAGUGCCUUUCAUACAUUUUCCUGUUUCUCUCAAGUGUUUUGGUCACAGCCUAAUGGUGUCUGAAAUAACAAAGCAACUAGCUCACUGAGCAUUAAAAUACCUAGUAUUUUCUAUAUAAUUAAUUCUAAUGGGAGAUAAUUUGCAAGUAGUUCUGGAGAGUGUUUUGCAAAACAAAUGGUUUAUUGCACAGAUCUGAUUCUAUGCAAAAAGCAGAUAUUUAAAAUAUUUUUAUAUAUAAGUAGUAAAAAAACCCAGUUGCUUACCCUUAUUAAUAGGUGCUUAUGGAAAACUCAACUAGUGAAGCUACUUUGAUGUUUUUUAGUGUCUCUGAACAGCAUUCAAGAUUGUUAUUUCUGUCUUAUGUUAAUUUCUUUCCUUUUAGUUUUGCUGUGUAUAUAAAAUAAUACUCCCAGGAGGACUUACAUUGUUUUCUCCUAAAGCACCUGGGAAUAAUCUGCUGGUCACUGUGUGGACAGUGACAUGGGUACAUGAUUUAGCAGGUGUUUUGCUACUGAUUCAGAAGGGCCCAGAUUUCAUCACGAACAACAUAAUUUGGUACUUAAGCAAGCACUUGGUACUUGCCAAAUUACGUUAAUUGGGUACCAAUGUACCAAAAACAUUUAGUGCUUUGGUAUACAGCAGCAUCCUUUGUCAUGUGCUGAGGUUUUUACUUCUGGUUCUUACACAUUGCUUCUCCUCAAAAAAAUUAAUGCCUAAAAUCCUGGCCGCCUAUUCAGGUAGAAGGGGAGGUGAAACAGAGAUUUAAGCUUCUUAAAGAAUAUUCUUUAAAGUGUUUCAGUGUUUUUCAGUUAAACAUAUGUUACAAUCCAACUCUAAAUCCAUAAACCCAUUUAUGUGGGUAGGAUGUCCUAAAGAUAACUUAGGCAAAGAACCAAAAUGUUGCAACAGUGCUGUGUGAACAAUUAUUUUAAAUCUAGWAAAAAUGGGCAGUUCUUUUUUAACAUAAAAAUCAUAUUACUUUUGACACUUUUUUCAGCAAAUAGGCU